CUUCGUCUCAUUAGCAUGAGGAGACGUAUAAACCCCGCCGCUGCAGAAUUUUGAGCUGUGUUAAAGGCGAGGCAAUAAGCGUGUCUGGCUGGCUGCGCAUGAAGAGUAACUUUCACUUUCAGCACAGUUCAGUUCAUAAAAGCGGGAGCCCAUUCCAGAUGUGAACUGCUCUCAACUGCUCUGCGAACAAUGAGGCUGCUCACCGGGGGAAAGAUUACCGCGAAGAUGAUAAGGGUCACAUUUAUAACUUAUUGGCACCGGUGGAUUUUUAUUUUCUCACUCCAUCAAUUCUUAUUUGCCUCGUGGGUUCAAUCCGAAGGAAAUACUGUGAGAUAUCAGACCAGAGAGGAGGACGCACCAGGUACAGUGAUCGGAAACCUUGCCAAGGACAUGUCCUUGAGUCUGUCUCAUUCCUCAAAGACCAAUUUUAGGAUGAUGAAACAAUUCAACGACUCAUUCAUUAGGGUGAGAGAAAGCGACGGGGAACUCAGUGUCGGGGAACGAAUUGACAGAGAAAGAAUCUGCAGACACACUCCACUGUGUCUGAUUACUUUUGACGUGGUUAAUUUCUCCAAAGAUCGCUACAAAUUGAUUCACGUUGAGGUGGAAAUAAAGGACAUCAAUGACAACUCUCCAGAGUUUCCAAGCAAGGAAUCUAUUGUGGAAAUCUCUGAAAAUGCAGCACUUGGGUCCCGUAUACCCUUAGACCCUGCUGUGGACGUGGAUGUUGGGUCAAACUACAUACAAAGCUAUCAAAUUUCUGUUAACAGUCAUUUCACAAUUGAUGUGCUCCUGAGAGCGGAUGGGGUUAAAUAUGCGGAAUUGGUCCUAAUGAAAGAGCUAGACAGGGAGACUCAGUCCUCAUACAAUGUCGAAUUAGUUGCUACAGACGGAGGAAAUCCAUACAGAUCAGGGUCAACAAAAAUAACAGUGAAAGUGACGGAUUUUAAUGACAAUAGCCCUGUUUUCGACCAGAACAGUUUCUCUGUGAGUUUGCCAGAGGACGCACCGGUUGGUACUGUAAUAUUGGACUUAAACGCUGUUGAUGCUGAUGAAGGUUUAAACGGAGAGGUCGUCUACGGGCUUGGAAAACAGGUUUCUCAUGAGAUCCGAGAACUUUUCCAAGUGGAUAAAAAAUCAGGUCGUCUGACGCUCAAGAGCCCUGUGGAUUUUGAGGACAAAAGCACAUAUGAGAUAGACGUGCAAGCGACUGAUAUGGGACCCAACCCGACCCCCUCCGUGUGCAAAAUCAUAAUUCACGUCACAGACGUUAAUGACAAUGCCCCAGAAAUCAGUAUCACCCCGAUGACCUCCAUCACGACAGGUAUUGCAUACAUCAGCGAGACGGCAGACAAGGACAGUCUGGUGGCGCUGAUCAGCACCUUGGACAGAGACUCUGGCAUUAACAGCCAGGUCCACUGCACGUUAUACGGCCACGACCAUUUCAAACUCCGACAGGCGCACGAGGACAGCUACAUGAUAGUCACAGCAGCAGCUCUAGACAGGGAAAGGAUUAGUGAGUAUAACUUGACGGUCAUGGCUGAGGAUUUUGGGUCACCUCCACUGAGAAAAAUCACUCAGUACACUAUUAGACUCAGCGACGAGAACGACAACGCCCCCCACUUUGCCAAAUCUGUCUAUGAAGUUUCAGUAGUGGAAAACAACGCCCCGGGUGCUUAUAUCACCACAGUUGAGGCCAGCGACGUGGAUCUGGGCAACAAUGGGAAAAUUACUUACAGACUUGUGGACAGUGUCAUCAUGGGAUCUCCUGUUAACACAUUUGUGUCUCUCAAUUCGAUGUCUGGCUCAAUAUAUGCACUGAGAAGUUUUAAUUAUGAACUAAUGAAACAUUUAGACAUACAUAUUCAAGCAAGCGACGGGGGGUCACCACAGCUGCAGAGCACUGCUAUCGUCAGAUUAAAAAUAGUUGAUCAGAAUGACAACCAGCCUUCUAUCAUAGAGCCCCCCCUUUACAAGGGAUCUGCUGAGGUUUUCCUACCCAAAGAUGCACCUGCAGGAUAUGUUGUAACCCAGAUAAAGGCCACAGAUGCUGAUGAAGGCAUUAACUCGCAGCUGUCCUAUAAAAUCACAGAAGGGGGACACCUGGGCUUCUCUAUCAACAAAGACACAGGGAAGAUGCACGUGAGUCGACAGCUGACAUAUGAUCUCACAGACAAUGUCAAAGUAACAGUGUCAGUCAGUGACAAUGGAUCCCCCUCACUAACCUCCACAGCUGUCAUACUUUUCAGUUUCAUAGAAGGUACUCUACCUAGUUUGCCUUCCUUGGCUCAAAAUGGCAGCGAGGAGCUUUUUGAAUGGGACACGUCUAUAGCAAUAAUUAUCGUCCUGGCAGGGAGCUGCUCUCUCCUCCUACUGGCUAUCAUUCUUAUCACAACUAUUUGUAGCCGGCGGAAAAAACAGACAAGGGAGGGGGCGUUUGAUGAAAAAGAAGACGUACCAAAUCUGGAUAAAGUGGAAAGUGGUCAUAUUGAUUCAUUGAACACCAACCACAAAGGCAAAGUGUUUGAUACCCAUCCAUUUCCAGAGGAUGCGCCACUGGCGGGCAGCAAAACAACAGAGGCAGGCUGUGAGGAUGGUAGACAGACAGCAGGCAUCUUUGAGUCAAACAGCAGGACAAUGGAGGGGAAGUUAAAGGGUUAUUCUACACUGCCAGGAUAUGGGAAAGAAACUCUCAGACCUAUAACAAUAUGGAAGGGCAAUUCAUUCACAACAAUAUCAGCAAGAGAUCCCCACAUCAGUGGUAAGGACAGUGGAAAAGGGGAUAGUGACUUCAAUGACAGUGAUUCUGACAUUAGUGGAGAUGUCCACAAAAAAGAGUCACCACCAGUGAACAGUCUCUGGGCAUGUACUAGCGAGUGCAAAGUGUUGGGACAUUCAGACAGAUGCUGGAGCCCUUCAGCAACAAGGCCCAACACAAGCCUGGCCUGUGGACAGCAUAUGUCAACGUUCUCCAAGACAGCAACACUUCCCCGGGAUGCUAGACGGGAAAACUACUACCCAGCUCAAAUACCCAAAACUAAUGGCCUGCAAAGUGUGUAUGAAAAAGUACAACAUCAAGAAUUUGAUUAUAUUCUUGUUGGGCCACCAACACCAGCCAGGAUACAGGAAACAGAUGAAAUCUCCAUCCCUGAAUACACAAACUCUUAAAACAUUUUAAAUGUAAAAUCAAACUGUAAUUUGAAGGACAUUUUGUCUUUGAACUGUACAGUACUUUCAUCUUAAUUGACUCUAUGUUGGAUUGUUGCAGUGUUUUGAAGUGUGUUGUGUCUUUUGGCUCAUUUAAGACUGUUCAUUGUAUCAUGUGUAAUAUGCAAGAUUUUCUACAUAAAAAUAUAUUUUUCAUAAUGAUUCAAUGUAAAGAAAAAUUUUAUUAUGAAUUUUUAAGAGCAUGUGUAACUAUUUAAGGGCAUGACUUAUGGACAUUUGGGCUAAAAAAAAGGAAAAAAAAGGAAAAAAAAAAGAGCCUUUCUGGUGUGGAAAACAAUCAAAAUGAAAGAUUACCCUGUCUGUGGUAGAUUUUCACAUUGUUGCACAAAUAAAGAGUUAAAA